CAGGCUCCAGUAACAACCCUUCAUCCCCCGACGACGACUCCGCCGCCCCUCAGCUACUAUGCUGCUCGUUCACAAACCAAUGCCCAUAGCUCAAACUUUCAUCCACACCCACCGCAGGCAUCCGUCCGCACCUGCCCCCAAUGUCGUCGUCCAACCGACUCGCACUCCGGGCUUGCUUUCCAUUUCAAAGCCGCCACGGGCGAAGAAUGACUUCCACGGCUCACACAGAGGCUCUCCUAAGCAGCGACCAGCCGUUCCCGCUUCGAAGUCCCCGAAACCUACGCCAGCUGAAACUGCCCCGUCGACCAAGACACCUGAGACUAGGGGCCGCCAGGGCAAGCGGCAGCAGGCGCAAAACCUUCAGGCGCAUCAACAGCAGCAGCCGACACCGAGACGUAGCUCAUCGCAGGCUGCUCCCUCUCGUCGUCGUCAGCCCUCACCAGACCCCUUCAAAGAAGGUCCGGCACCGCCACCCUCUGUCCAGACCCCUCCAGGUCCAAAGCGUCGGCAGCCCAUCCCCGUCCCCAACUCAGCGCCUGCAGCCUCUAGACAGCAGGUGGCCCGAUCGGAACCUGCUCCCUCUCGUCUCCCUCGUCGCAAACCCGUGCGUUCCACGACUCUCGAUUCUACAGCUUGGGAUUCUUUCCCCAUAUGCGAUGACAUGACGGAAGCUGGUUCGCGUCCUACGACGCCAUCUCCCGCAGUCUUCCCCAUUCCCAAUGUUAGCGUGCCUGCUGUGGGCCGCCUCCGGCCAGCCCUUCGCCUGAGCGAUCCCCACACGCCACCAAGACGUACUCGGCUUCCGGAGCCCCCAUUCACCGCUCCUCUCUCUUCUGUGCAGUCUGGCACUUCGUCUUUCCCCUUCCCCAGCACCACUCCAACUCCGCCCGGAACGAGCCCCAAGCGUCGACUCGCUGCUCGGACGAAGCACCUGAGCGAGGGCGUCUUGAUUCCCCUGCCUUUCUUCGCACCGGAGCUGGUCAACCCCAGACGCAGUCGGUCGAGUGAGCGUGCUGAGGACGGACAGGUCUUGGAAGAUGGAUACUUUGCGAGUUCCACUUUCCAGAACUCCCCUAGUCCGGACGAGUUACCUCCGCCGCUCUUUGCUUGAGCGCUAUCUUUAUCAUUAUUUCCGUUUUAUUACCCGUCACCGGCCGCCUCGUCACGGACACCCGCGCACAUACACUGGUUUCUAGCAAAGUCUGCCAAUAUCUCGCGCUUUGCAGUCGGUUACCUGGCUCUGUAACUGCUAUCUGGAAUCCUCUCCCCCUAUCCUGGUCCGACCUUUCCUCUUUACGACCACCCCCAUUUCUCCGGGUUCGACCUCUUCCUCCAUUCUGUCAACCGACAUUUAUCAAACGGCAUGACAAACGGACCCGGUUUCACCUGUGUUUAUUAUCUGUCUCGACUCAUUCUGUGUAUCGGUUCCUCAGUGUAUACCUAGAAUCUCAACAAAACAAAACCCCAAACACAACCGAACUGCGGGACAUCAGCCCCGGUGCAGAUCUGUGCUGGGUGUGUCUGUCUUGCGAGUAACUUAUAGUCGAAGAGUAUUAUUUUGGACGUUGCCAUCUCAGCCGCAGACCCCCAGCCCGUUCUCCGCUCCGCCUUCCUUUCUACGGGCCAUUCCGUUGCCGAUGUACCUCGUGUCCUGUGAUCGUCGCUGUUCUCGACGACCAUUCAUCCAGCGGACCAGUCACUUUGGCAGCUCUCGCAACAUCGUAUCUCGCAUCGCACUGCAUCGUCUUCUUGCUGUCGAUUCUUCACAAUCUUGACGCCAAUGAUUGGAGCUCGGUUGCGCCUCUUGUGCUUCAAUGUAUCGCACGGUCGUUGCGUGCCUCAAUCCAUGUCGACCCUAUACUAUAUAAUAUCCCGAUUAUUUCCUUCUGUUCCCCCUUCCACGCAAUUGAAGGUUUUGCUCGACACUGUAACACUAUCACCAGCAACGCAUACCCUCUACCCCUUCCUAUCCCGUCUACAUAUCCUAUUCCGACCAUCCCACUGUCUUUUCCGGCCCAUUCUUCUUCGUGUCGGUUAUGUUUGCUUGUCGCACUCGUGGAUGAUGUCAUCUGCGGCAAGGGCUCGUCGGACUGGCCUCACUUCCUUUGUCCCUGCUUUUCCGAGCACGUCUCUCGGACCCACUCGUGGAUCAAUGGGACGGCAUCUACGCUUGUUCUUGACGCGUGAGGCCUUGUCGCUCAUUCCCUAUUUCUGUAUCUCCUCGCUGGGCUACGGCUGUUGGGUCAAUCGAAGAAAUAAAUGUAUCUUGUACGAUCAUCUGGUGUGACCCCAGUGUGCACGUCUUUGGGGUUGGUUGAUAGCAUAGUGCUUGCAUGCCACUAGUACCGUAGUUCUAGAGCAAAACUAGAAACUGUUUCCAUCAUCUUGAGGAACGCGGUGACCGAUCACUCAACCCGCCACAUCGCUACAUCGUUGUGCUUGUGGUCUCAGUCGUUCAUACGAUGACGAGACGGGGAGCCUUCAUUGCCAUCGAAGGGCUCGACAGGUCUGGUAAGACUACGCAAGUCGACCGUUUGCGGGCGCGAAUGGAGGAGCAGGGUCUCAAUGUCAAACUACUCAAAUUUCCCGAUCGUACUACGGCCAUAGGACAGAUGAUCGACGCGUAUCUGCGCUCCCAUACCGAACUUGACGACCGCGCUAUCCACCUGUUGUUCUCAGCAAACCGAUGGGAAUUGGUCUCGACGAUCGAGAGCCUCGUAUCUCAAGGUACCACAGUAAUCUGCGACCGAUACGCGUUCUCUGGCGUCGCCUUUUCCGCGGCGAAAGGCCUCCCACUCGCUUGGUGUCGCGCACCGGAUGUCUCGCUCCCUGCUCCCGAUCUCACUGUCUUCCUUGACAUCUCUCCCGAGGAUGCGCGCAAACGCGGCGGAUAUGGAGAAGAGAGAUACGAGAAAGAGGAAAUGCAGCGCAAGGUCAGGGAGAUCUUUGCCGAGAUCGGACGGGAAUUCAGCGAGGGCCGGUGGGUCGUGCUCGAUGCGCGAAGGGAGCGCGAUUUGGUGACGCAAGACAUCUGGCAAACGGUGCACAAACUGGCGAGUGGUAUUGAGGGGCCACUCCAGUCACUAUGGAGCACACUUGAUUAG